AUGGGGUAUAAAUCAGACUGUCCAACGGAUGAUGAGUGUACAAAUAAAAAAUGCAUAACUGGCUAUGGAGGCAAUGAAAAAAAUAGCAGAGAAAGUAAAAAAGACCAAAAAAAAAAAAGAAAAGAGAAAAAAUAUUUAGAUGAAGCGGAGAACAUUCGCAAGAGUGUUGAUUCAAUGCGACAUGAAAAUAGUUCCGAUCGUGAAGAGAUUAAAAAAAAUUUUAGAAAAAAAGUAUAUAAUAAAAAUAACAGUGAUGAAAAAGUUUUAAGUAGAGAAAGAAGUGAUUUAUCGAGUUCUCAAGAUUUAAAAAAUCUAAAACAUGGAAAAUUUAUAUACAUAAAAAACUCAAAAAAAAAAAAUUUUAUUUCUAAAAGUGAUAAAGAAUGCGAAAUUAAAGGAACUGAUAGUAGGAGUAUAUCACAUGAUAGUAAUAUAAAAAAAAAAAGACAAAGAUACAAAAAUUCAUCUUAUGGUCCAAAAAAUCAGAAAUAUGAAGACACUUAUACAAGGAAAAACAAACGAAAGUUAUUAUCACCCGGAACUCAGAAAAAGGAAGUGUGUGGGAGUACUGAAAAUGUAAGAAAAAAAGUAAAGCUAACAAGGAAAAAACAUAAUAAUAGUGAAACGAGAGAGAGAGAAAAGGUCCUUUCGCGAUCAUCCGCAUGUUCGUAUUCUUCGAAGGGAAGCAGUAAUGGAAGUAGUAGCAGGAGUAGCAAGAGUAGUAGUAGUAGCAGGAGUAGUAGUAGUAGUAGGAGUAGUGGAAGUAGUAGCAGUAGUAGUAGGGGUAGUGGAAGUAGUAGCAGUAGUAGUAGGGGUAGUGGAAGUAGUAGUAGUAGUAGUAGGGGUAGCGGAAGUAGAAGUAGUAGUAGUAGUAGUAGCUGCACCGGAAGCAGUAACGCAUCCGAUGAGAGCAGCGUAAGCAACAGUUCAUCCAGAGCAUUUAAAUUAAAAAAAAAAAGAAGAAAAAAAAAGAAGAUCAGUAAAUAUAAAAAAAAAGAAGAAAAAAUAAAAAAGGAGGUGUCAACAGAAGAAUUAGAAAAAAAGGAAGAAUAUGAUGUUCAUAUAUACGAUAGUAAGGAAAUGAUAAGGUUAACUAUAAACAUUCUUCAAAACUAUAACUUUUUAAAUAACUUAAAAAUAUUAUAUCAAAAAUUAGACAAUAAAAAAAAAAUUUCCCUUGAAAAUUUAACAGAUUUAAAAUUAAAAAAAAAAUUAAGGCAUUUAUUUAGAGCAUGGAAAUUAGAAAAACGAGAUAAUUUUUAUAGAAAACCAGCAAAUUUUAAGGAAAAUUUAUAUGAUAUUUUCACUAAUUUGUUGUAUUACUUCUUAUCGAAAAUUGACAUAGGUAAGUUGAGGUACAAUAUUAAUAAAAGAAAAUCUAUCAUAUUAAAAAAAGAUGAUGAGAAGAAAGAAAAUUUACAAGUACGUAGAAACAAUAAAUAUACAUAUGAUUAUUACGACAAAAAUGAAAAUAUAGAUCUCGCUAACAGUAAUUUUUUUAGUGAAUUACAAGAAGAAGAUUAUCUACAUUUAACGAAGACUAAGAAUGAUAAAACGAAAAGCUUACGAGAAUUACAUGAAGAAGGCUAUUUCAAAGAUAGUAAAGAAAAAUAUAAAGAGUUUUUAGAUAAGCAUAAAAAAAUUGACCUGUGGGGAAAAAAUGAACAGGAGCAAAAAUUUUUAUUGAAUUCUAAAAAUAUCAAUAAAGAAAGAAAAACAUUUGACAGAGAAACAGAUUUAUCCAUAACGAAAUUUGUGAAAAAAGGUGAUUAUCAAAAGUUAAUAAAAAGCACAAAGCAACACGUGAAUGAUAAAUUCCAAAAAAGUGAUGAUAAAAUUUAG